AUGAGCGGGCUCGAACCACUGCUGUGGGAGUGCAUCCGACUGCUAUCGGCGUACAUGCCACCAUCGGGCAUGAUCCUCGACGCGGGAGCCAACGACGGAUCGAGCACUGCGAUGCUGGCUCGUGAGUUUCGGCGGCACACGGUCGUGGGCGUAGAGCCCACACGUGUGAAUGUGAAGCGCGCUCUCGAGCUGACCGCCGGGCUUCAAAACGCAGUCAUUCUACGGGGAGUGCUGUCCGAGAGCAGCGGCGCGCUCUCGUAUCCGCUCGGCCGCGAGUUUCGCGCCGGCGUGCUCUCUCAAGUGACUGGGUCGGACCUGCAGCCAACGUUCGGACGCAGGCGUAACAACAUCACGGCACAUUCCGUGGACAGUCUGCUGCUCGAGCGCGGGCAAGCGCUGGCGUUCGCCCACUUUGAUGCAGAGGGCCACGAGCUGAGCAUCCUUCGCGGUAUGCAGCGCACCCUUUCGCAGACUCGCCCCUUGUUCACGGCGGAGGCCUUCCCUAGUGAUAAACCUAGCGAGAGGCGCGCCUUCCGGCAGCUGAAGCUCUUCAUUCACAGCUUCAACUACACGAUGCACGAGGUGCGCGAGACCUGCGGAAACAAGGGCUGCCGCAACUUCCUCUGCGUACCGGCAGAGCUUGCACGUGUUGGAGGAGUGCUCUUUACCGGGGGCGAUGGUCUCGCGAGAUCGUGGAGCUCCGCUGUGUCGUGUGUCGACUAA